CAGCCUGGGUUUGUAAACAAGAGGAAGUCUAGACUCCCAGCUGGAGCACUUCGCGGGGGGCUGCGGGUCUGUCGGCGGGGUGACUCCCCUCCCCAAAAGCCGCAUCGAGGCACCAUCCGACGCGGGGGCGCUUCGCCGUUGCUCUUCGGACAGGGCUUUCAUCUGUGCCCCCCCCAGCAUCUCCUCCAGGAGCUGUCUAGUUCUCCACAACUCUCCUGCAGCUUUUCUCCUGGUGUGACUCCCACCACAAUGGUGAGGCUGUCCAAACCCAAAACUUUUCAGGCCUAUCUGGACAACUGUCACCGUCGCUACAGUUGUGUGCAUUGCCGGGCCCACCUGGCUAAUCACGACGACCUCAUCUCCAAGUCUUUUCAAGGAAGCCAAGGACGGGCAUAUCUAUUCAACUCUGUAGUGAAUGUGGGAUGUGGCCCAGCAGAGGAACGUGUUCUGCUGACGGGCCUGCAUGCUGUAGCUGAUAUAUACUGUGAAAACUGCAAGACCACCCUUGGAUGGAAAUAUGAACAGGCCUUUGAAACUAGCCAGAAAUACAAGGAGGGCAAAUUCAUAAUUGAACUGAACCACAUGAUUAAAGAUAAUGGCUGGGAUUGAAAGCCAACCAGCAUCUUUGGACAACUGUAUGUAGGGGGUGGAGCCUAAGAAAUGUCAAAUUUCCACCAAACCUGCCUCUACCUUCUCAACCAUUGGAUUGCCAUCCCAGGCACCUCCAGGGGCACCUGAGUUGUGAAGGAGGAGGCGGUCCUCCUGCCAGAGACACAUACCCACAGCUCAGUCAUGUUAAGUUCCUGUGGCAAAAGGUGGAAGCUCCGGGACACCGUUAGGCCAGGGACUGUGUGCAGGCAGGGACGGGUGGGCUGGGAGGACUACGGCUGGCUCUGUUGUCCAGAGAGAGUCUGUAUUAAGAGAAAUACAGAGGGGAAAUGUACAGUGCGAGGGGGAAGGGAAAUGUUAGGCGUGUACAGUAUUUCUCUGUGUGUGUAUGUGUG